AACCUGGCUAGGCUCGAAGUCGACGAGGACGGAAAUCGGACGUGGGGGUGAGCGUAACGCGUCUGCGGCUUCCGCUCGAAAAGAGCUCUUAAUUUUCAACAUUUUUGCUUGAAAAUAUCACAUCUGGCUACUUUUCAGAAUGGCGGCUAACAUGUAUAGAGUUGGUGACUAUGUCUACUUUGAGACAUCAUCGUCCCAACCAUACCUCAUUAGAAGGAUUGAAGAACUCAAUAAGACUGCCAGUGGAAAUGUAGAGGCGAAGGUGGUAUGUUUCUACCGCCGCAGAGACAUUCCUAACUCGCUCAUCCAGCUUGCAGAUAAACAUGCAAUGGCCCUUGAGGAGGAGCAGGAGGAGGCACUGGAGGAGUUAAACGAGAAGCAACGUCAUCAGCUGAAGCAUCGUGAACUCUUCCUAUCUCGUCAGCUAGAGACCCUUCCGGCUACACACAUCAGAGGCAAAUGCACAGUCACAUUGCUCAAUGAGACUGAAAGCCUUCUCUCCUACUUGUCCAAAGAUGAUGCCUUCUUUUACUCACUGGUGUAUGACCCUCAACAAAAGACCCUGCUUGCAGAUAAAGGAGAAAUCAGAGUUGGUUCUCGCUACCAAGCUGAUGUCACACCACUCCUCAAAGAAGAAGAGACAGAUGGACGUGAUCUUGCAAACCUUGAGGCUCUUACAUGGAACCCAGAACACUGUAUGAAUGACAGAAGCAUUGACCAGUUCCUGGUGCUUGCAAGGUCUGUUGGAACCUUUGGACGUGCCCUUGACUGCAGUAGUUCCAUCCGUCAGCCCAGUCUUCACAUGAGUGCUGCUGCAGCAUCAAGAGAUAUCACACUGUUCCAUGCUAUGGAUGUGCUUCAUCAGCAGACCUAUGAACUGGCCAAGGCUAUGGCCAUCUUGGUACCGGCCGGUGGACCGGUCAUCUGUAGAGACCAGCUGGAGGAAUGGUCAGCUUCUGAAGCUAAUCUCUUUGAAGAAGCUCUAGAGAAAUACGGCAAGGACUUCAAUGAUAUUAGACAAGACUUUUUGCCAUGGAAAUCUCUCAAAAGCAUAGUGGAAUAUUACUACAUGUGGAAGACCACAGAUAGAUACGUACAGCAGAAACGUCUCAAGGCAGCAGAGGCUGAAAGCAAACUUAAACAAGUCUACAUACCUACUUACAACAAGCCGAACCCGAAUCAGAUCAACGUAGCUACAAACCUGGGCAACCGUCCCAGUCCACUCAUUGCAGGGGGCAACCCUUUAGGACAGGGUCCACCACCGGUUCAGCCAUGCGCAAGGGCUUGUGAGAGCUGCCAUGCAAGCAACUCAUUUCAAUGGUAUUCCUGGGGACCAGCCAACAUGCAGUGCAGGCUCUGUGCUACUUGCUGGGUGUACUGGAAGAAAUGUGGUGGACUUAAGAUGCCCACUAGACUGGAUGGGGAACGUCCUGGUAACCUUAGGAACCGUACAGAACGCCCUCCCAUGCCCUUGUCUGGGAUGCAUCGGCCUUUCUGCUGUACCAUUAGCGGCUGUGGCAAGGAGUUCAAAUUGAAGGCACACCUAGCGCGCCAUUGUCAGACGGUGCACGGCCUGACCAUACGUACCAGUAACCCUCGGGCCCUGUCCCUCAAGACAAGGCAGGCAUUCAUGCUGGUCACUACCCCACUCACACGCCUCUCUCGUUUCCUCUGUAAGAACAUGCUCAAUCUACCUCACGUGGCCAGGUGUCCCUUUGACCCCAUCAACGUGGCUACAGUCAAACAGGAAUGCCAGAAUCAGCUAACCCCAGGUGUGAUCCCCACCAUGCCUAAGCUGAAGCCAAAGACCUGGCCUAGGGUGGAUGUUGUCAUGGCUAACCUGGAUCAGGACCGGCCAAAGAAACCAGUCCCUCAGCGACCAACACCAAACGGUAAUGUACGCCCUCAGCCCACCAACCCUAUUGGCACGCUAUCUAACAUCAGAAAACGGCAGCUUGAUGACAGUGGAGGUAGAGAAGAAAAGAAACGAAAAGAAGGCCCACAGACAAAGCGUACAACCAUAUCAGCACCUCGUCAAUAUAGAAGAACUGAAUAUGAUGAAGAUGGAAAGCUGAGAGAAGUGGGUCAGGGGGAUCCUCUAUCUCGGAGGAAGCGUCCGAUUAGUUGGCUUGAUGCUCCUGACGAUGUCUUCUUCCAUGCAGACAGUAAUACCAGCAGAAAGCUUAGGAAACAGCUUAGUGUGCAGGCGCAGCGUCGCCUGGCCCGCCGUCCCUGGACCAUGGCUGUUAGACCACUCAACCCAGGAGUCGUCCCAUCACAGCCAGUUGGAUCCCCAUCCACGGUCAAACCUCCUGCGGAUCCCAUCGUCAUUGAUGACGACUAGACUAUCCGCCUGGUUAACAACAAGCACACUAUCGCCUGGCCUUCCAUCCCUGGACCAUGGCUGUUAGACCCUCAAACCCUGGAGUCGUCCCACCACAGCCGGUUGCAUCCCCAUCCCCAGUCAAACCUUCUGCAGAUCCCAUUGUCAUUGAUGACGUCUAGACUAUCCACCUGGUUAACAGUAAUACCUCAGCGCACUGGCGAACAGACUCUACACUGACUGAUGCUUGCUCAUCCAGGGGUAGUGUUAUUUUUUGUUUGGUCUGUUAGGUCUGGGGUUGGUGUCAUUUGUGUGACUGGGGUUUAAGGAAUGGUAAUAUUUCUCUUUAAAGUAGGCCACUUCUAAUACUAGUUUGUCACUGAACAUGUAGAACAGACACAGUGGAAUCCUGUUACAGCAUAUUACUCAUAGAGACCCAGAAAAUUACCUUGUUUGCUGAAACCUCAUUUUAUCAGGGCAAAAUUACCUGUUUGUAAUGAAUAUCAAGUAUAACCAAGUUCUACUGUAUAUUAUAGUAGUUGUAUGGUAAGCAUUAGGAAGAUUUUCAAGAUUAAAAUGGCAAUAUGCUGUAGCUGGCUCUAAAGGGUUGCCUGUUAUCUUGAUCAAUUAAACUAAUUAAUUGAUCCUAAAUUUGGGAGACAUUUAGAGGAUAAUAUAUGAAUAAUAUGGACCUUUUGUCAGAUUAGCCUUGUGCUAAACAAGUAGUCUAAUUAAUGACUUAUAUGUGCAGAAAAUUAUGAAGGUGAGCUGUUUUAAUGUACAUUGUAAUGUUGUUAAUAUAGCUUUUAGAAACCGUUCAGAGAAAUCUUGCUAGGGCCUCUUUAAAAAAAAAAAGGUUCUGUUUAAUAAUCAUUCAGUGAAAAUACACAGAUAACACAAAUCAGAAUUAAAGUAUUGCAAUUAAUAGUACUUUACAUCACAAAUAUAAUUGAAACAUAGAAUUUCUCUUUAAAGAUGUUUUGAAAUGAUCAAACACUGAGUAAACUUAUUGAAGGUGUAACAAAAAUUGGCUCUAGGAAAUCCAAUGACAUAAUUUUGUAAGUGUGUUUGUAUAUACGUUAUUAUGUAUAGUGUGUUAUGUGAUUUUGAGAUGCAACUGGAGCCAAAUUGUGCUGAUUCUUUUUUGGGGGUUAACUUUUUUAUUUAUUUCUUUUUCUAGUGACUUUCAUUUUUAUUUUGUAGCAAUACCAUCUUGUAUUGAUAAUCUUGUAUUAUAGUUGUUUUGAUACAUGUUCACUUGUGAUAAAAUAUAAUUAUUUGAUUUCGGAAAAUAUCCAUUGAUAUGAAUGAAAGAUGAUUUUUUUCUUCUUCAUCAAUAUGGAAUGUAUAGAAUUUUUAAAUGAGUUUCAAAUGAUGUUUAUCUCAAUAAGAUUUGUUUCAAAAUGAUGACUAAAUAUAAUAUAUAUAAAAAAACAAUGAUUCGGAGGAAACCCAAAACAACGAAAUCAAAUUCUUCUUAGUUUGCUUAACAAAAUUUAGCAAGUAUUUAUUCACUGAAAAUCUGAAAGGGUUACUUACUGGUAAACAAAAAGCCACAAAUAAAAUGAGCAACUAUGUAUUUAGUGGCAAUACAUCAAAUAUUCAUGUGCCAAAAUAUUGAUUAUUUUUGCCCCAAUGAUUUCAUUUGCUGAUGGUCACAUUGAUGUACAGUGUACUUUUUGCAUAAUAAUUAAUUUUUUGCUAUUGUUUGUUCAUGUUGAAAAUUCAUUUUAGGUGGAUAGGUGAACUCAAAAUAGAUCAUUGCAGUUGUCCAUGUAAUGCUUUUGAAAAUGCCAACCCUUUGAUGUCCAAGAUGAGAACGAAUUAGUCAAAAAAUGUAAUCAUUUCUUUUCUCACGAGGGGCUUUUUUAUUUUAUAAAACCGUCUGGUAUGUGUUUUCAUCCUAAACAUUGUCAGGAUCUAAUAAUGAAUCAGCAUAUGUAAAUAAACAUCUCUUCUUUUUGUAUCCAAGAUGUGAAUGUUUCUCUGUUAAUUUGUAAAUAUUAAUUUUUCUAGUGAUUGGAAAGUAUUACCAUGUAGCUAUGUAUUUAGAAAACGAGCCAAUAGUGUUUUGUAUAUUUGAUUUUUCGGGGAAAGAAAAUAAGCUUUGUAAAACAUGAAUGCAUGUGGAAAAAAAAACUAUGGAGAAUUGUAAUCUGGUAUUUCUAGAAACAUUUUGUGUUGAUAAGAAUUGUGUAUUUUAUUAUGAGGUCAUUUUUGUGAAUUUGUGUCUUUUUAUACACUCUUCACGUGACAAAAUAUUUAAAAGGAAACUCCAUACAAGCGACAAUUGAUAGCAUCACUCUGAAUUAACAAAUCCUUUCUGUGUUGAUAACAUUGUAAAGGAUGCUAUGUGACUGUCAUCCCUAGUAUGAUCUUGAAUAAACCGGUUCUUGUAACAUGUACAUGACAAA